CUUCUCCUCCUCCUCCUCCCUCCCCAGCAGCGCACCUCGGAUGCAGUGUGUCCAGCAGCGGAGCAGCUCUGAGCGGACACAUCUCCAGCAGAGCCGCCGUUCGUCCCUGCCGCAGAGCCUAAACCCAAACGAUGACAUUCUUACAGAAACCUCAGAGGCAAACAUCCAUCUGACAACUCCAGCCCUCCUCCCUGCACCCCUCCUGAGCCGCUCCUUGCUGUCAAGUGCCCCCUAUCCAAUCAUUCGGCCCAGUUCAUCAGCCCGUCCCCUCAUCAGGACCAUGAUGCUCAGCAGCUCCGUAGAGGUGCCCAGCCCGGGCGGGAUAGGCGCUCUGAGCGGACUGAGCGCUGCCGCCCGGAAUGUGGUGCGCUCCUCCAGCAUCUCGGGGGCCAUGUACAGCCUGGAGAAGAGUCCCAGCAGCGGGGGUCCCGAUUCAGCGUCGCUGGCUGGGAACAAGAAGCGGCGCUCCAGUCUGGGGGCCAAGAUGGUGGCCAUUGUGGGAUUGUCGCAGUGGAGCAAAAGCACACAGCAGCUCAACCAGCAAGAUGGUGGAACAAAGAAACUCCGCAGCACCAUCCGAAGGAGCACAGAGACUGGCAUCGCCGUGGAGAUGAGGAACCGGGUGACGCGGCAGGGCAGCAAGGACUCCACUGACGGCAGCACCAACUCAAACAGCUCAGAUGGAACGUUUGUCUUCCCCACCACACGCCUCGGCCCUGAAAGCCAGUUCAGUGAUUUCCUGGAUGGACUCGGCCCUGCUCAGAUUGUAGGCAGGCAGACGCUAGCUACCCCCCCUAUGGGGGACGUUUAUGUCGGCAUGGUUGACCGAGGCGGGCAGCUAGAGGUGGAAGUCAAUCAGGCCAGAGGACUCACCCCAAAACCGGGCUCCAAGAACAUACCAGCAACGUAUGUAAAGGUGUAUGUGUUGGAGAAUGGAGUUUGUUUGGCCAAGAAGAAAACCAAAGUAGUGAAGAAAACACUGGACCCCACCUACCAGCAGGCUUUGUUGUUCGAUGAGAGUCCUCAGGGCAAAGUCCUACAGGUAAUCGUAUGGGGGGAUUACGGGCGAAUGGACCACAAGUGCUUCAUGGGAAUGGCCCAGAUCCUCCUGGAGGACUUGGACCUGUCUGCCACAGUCAGCGGCUGGUACAAGCUGUUCCCUACCUCUUCUCUGGCAGACCCCAGCAUCGGACCCCUCACCAGACGCCUCUCUCAGUCCUCUCUGGAGAGCGCCACCAGCCCCUCAUGCACUUAGACACACCGAACCCCCCGACAGGCAGACACUCAUGCUGUAUAUACACACCGACUGUAUCUGAAGCACACACAGGCGUAGGUACAACCGCACACCAACCCUCCAUAGAUACACAACUUUUUGUUGUCUUUUUUUUUUUUUUUUUUGAUUUCAGACUUUCACAAAAUAACACAACGUUGACACGCUUUAUGUAGCACUUUCACACACUUUAGCAUCUCACACCAGGACUCGGCAGGUGCCAGCCUGCGUUCCAACUUCCCACGCAUCCGUGGCACGACUCAUCCAGGGCACAUCCCCGGCGCCGCUCUCUAAACUCUCUAUGCCAAACGACGAAGAAAAACUUUAUUUUUUAAAAACCAAAGCAAUUGUUAUUGUUGUUCUUAUUCCUAUAGGUGGUUGGUGAACUAGCAUUCAAUAUAAAUGAUUGAAAUGUAGCAGAGUCUAUGACUUAGAUGUAAUGCAAAAAAAAAAAAAAAAGAUUUAUUCUCCACUCAACUUAGAACAAACACACGAACAAACCCACAGGAAAACCACAUGAUGGCUGUCAUGUGAGGUAGCAGCACUGCUGUUCAUUUUUACAGGGCAGAGUGUGUGUAUCUAUGUGUAGACCUAUACAUAAAUACAUACAUGUCAAAUAUAAAUACUUAUAUAUCAUUAUAUUUGAAUAAUAAUUUGAAUAAGCUGCAUGUUUUGCUUGCGAGAUAUUUUCAAGUAUUUUUUAUUUCCUUGCUCUAUGUGAUCGGAGCGCUCUUGUUGCUCGGUUUUUGUUUGGAAAAAGGAAAAAAAAGUAAGGUUUCAGUGGCGAUCAUCUGUUGCACACUCUGUUACCAGCACUUUGGCUUUGCUCGGACCUCCAGUUGAGUUACCCGUCAUGAGUUCUACUUCCUGUUUGAUGAAGGAGGAAGGGAGAUGGUGAGUCAGCACUUCUCUGUAUCGGCGUAGACAUAACCCUUCUCUCUAAUCUCUUACUAAUAUGCCAGUAUUAGUUGGUAACCUGCCAUUUGAUGGUAGCUUUCCUUGUUUCAGGUGCAAUAUGUCAAUAAAAUAAACUUUAGAGCUCUAAUUUAUAUUUUGUUAAGCAUUACAGUUUGUUUUUGAAUCGCACUUUAUUGUAAAUUUGUAAAAAUUAUUGAUUAGUAAGAAAGCACUUCCUUGUCUAAUUUUUUUUUUUACCUGCGUUGCACAUUUUAGUAACUUUGCAUGAAAAUAUUAUUAUGAUUUUAAAUUCUAAGUUUGUUAUGAAGAUGCUGCACUUCUUUUUCAUCUGCUCAUCAUCAUCUACACUUUAUUCAUAAAAACAACUUUUUAUUUAAAUACAGUCUAACACAAAUGUGUAAAAAGUGUUCAAAUAUUUGAUAUUUAUACCAUUUUUACUCAAAAGAGACAAUUAACGACAAACUUCAUUUUUUAAAAUAAUUUUACGUCCAAGCUUUUUGAGACCUGUCAGCUGUUCUGGCUGAACUUUCUCUUCUUGAUUAAGAUUUUCUGUCACUAGAUGCUUUUUUGUAAGGGUUUAAAUCCAGUUAAAACUAACAGUAAACUUAACAUUAGAUUAAUCUUGUAUUUAUGCAGGAACAACUUCACACAACCUCUUGUAUUGGACUUUUAAUUAUAGUAUUUGUGCCCCCCAGGAGCCACCUUAAAAUUGUAAAUGGCAGCUUAUUGCAUCAAAAAGUGGAAUUCAAAAUAUUUCUUAAAUAAAAAUUUUUCUCUAAGAAUUAUUUUAUCAUUUUUAUUUUAAUAAAUUAUUAAUUACGAUGAAAAACUAUGAACAGUUCAGUUUGGCCAUCCUUUUUCUUAUUAAAAAGACACAUUAAGAGAUGUUUUAAUAAUUUACAUUAGUUCUUACUUUGUUUCAAAUGUGCUAAAGUGUUUAAUUAUAUUAAUAAAAAUAAGAAUAAAGUCAUAAAAUUGUUUUAAAAAAGUUUUACAUCAUUAAAGUUUUGAGAAAAAAGUUGUAACUUAACAAGAAGAAAGUCCUGGGUCUUCAAAUAAAACCCCAUAUUUUGUGUUUUAAAUGUUUUUUAACAAAAACAAUUCGACAUUAAAUAGUUUAUUAUAAGUUAGAGACAAUUCAGAAAAAAUGGGAUUUACUUAUUAAAAAUUAAUUUCAUGAAAUUAAGACUUUUUAUAAAAAGCAUAACUUUUUCUCGUAAAAUUGUGAAUCUUUAAACUAUAAAUUUUCAAUUUUAUUUUUAUAUAUUGUUAACUUUUUUCUCGUAAUCGUACACCUUUACUCUUGUAAAUGGUUGACUUUUUUUCUUAUAGUUUUGCAACUGGAUUCUCAUAUUUUGUUUAAUUUUCUCUUUAAUAGUGGCCCUACACACUCCGUCGUAAUAAAGGUAUCGUCAAAUAAUUUUUGAUGUUCCCAUUUUUUUUUAAAUCAAAAAUGAAGCAAACACAUGUUAAUUGAUCAAAUUCAUUUACUAGGAGUUCUUCUUAGACAUAAGGGUUAUCCGGAAGUAGUUUAUGAAGGCUGUGUAGCUCAAAUAGGAACAUCAAAAAUAUUUGUUUUUCUACAGUUAGUUAGAAGUAGUUACAGAACUCAAUAAAGAAAUAAAUUAGUCCUUUUUCCCAUCUUUUCAUUUUUUAGUUUUAAUUUAAAAAACGAAUGAGACACAGUGGGGGUGGAACUAGUUUUAGGAGCAUAAGAAUACUUUUCACCAGCAAGCAGUAGAGGUCAUAGGAUAUGGCAAGCCAAAGGGGUCAAUAAUCGGCAGGAAAAGCGCCGUAAAAAAACAGUGUAUUAACCAUGAAAAACUGUGCAAUUUUUGACCCAUUCGGCUUGCCGUAGUCUUACACCCGUGGAACGUUUAUUGCGUGCGUGGAGUUUGAUAUAUACUCGUGUGAGAGUUUUGGUUGAAAUUUUACUCCACAGUAUUUCCUCUUUCAAAAUUAAAUUAUAAAAGGUAACAUAAGCAAGUAACGGGACAAUGUAUAAACCAUUAAAAUAAAUCAAACAUUUGAUAAAAGUUCAAUUGUUCCCUGCAUAAAAAAUAAAUUUUAACUGCAGUUGAUAGGAAUUUAUUUAUUUAUUUAUUUUUUAAAUGCACUAGUUCCCUUGACAGUGUGUUUUUCUGGCCUAAAACAAGAGUCUGUCUUUUUCAUCAUUAAAAGUAAGGUAUUAUUACUUGAAUAUCCUUCUCAGAAGUAUUUUGUUUAAGCGCUUUACGUUUUAAAUGUAAAUUUAUCCUUCAUAAUGGAUUUUUUUCCAUUCAUUCAAGUUUUGUGAGGUAAAUAAUCACUUAGUUGAGUUUUUAAAAUAUCAAAUUAAGCUCAUUAUAAAACAUAGUAUAGAUCUUUUUUUUGCCAUUCUUAACUUUUAUACUUAAAUAUAUGUUUGGGUCCAUUUUUUUUUCAUUGUAAAUAUUUCAAAGUUGCUGCCAUUUUGAAUUGAUGUGGUUACUGGGGCCUUUUCAAACAGUGCUGUCGUCUGUAUCAAAUGUGGUGCUUGUUUCAUUCACUGUUUCACUCAUCUCUAGUUUUAAGUUUAUUCCUGUCUUGAAAUUACUGCACAAAGGGAAAACAUGAGGACCUAAAACCACACAGCUCAACCCUUUUUUGAAUUCUUUAAACAUACUCAGACAUUUAUGAAUCCCAUUUAGAGGUUAUAAUAAAAGCUGAUUUUGACCUUUCAAUCAAAGGACAUUAGAAAAGUUCAGUUAAAGUCAGAGUUCAGCUUUGCUGUCUGAACCUUUUCUUAUACCGAACUCCAGGCACAUAUAUAAAGUCAUUUUUUUUCAUCUUAUCAUUUACUUUUUGUUUAUUUUGAUAUAGAGGAGAAAAUAGGGACUCUUCGUUUCUACACAAAAUUCCCUCAAAGCGUCUAGAAAUUGCAAAAAAAUAUCAAAGGAAACUUGAAUUAAGUUUCCAAAUCUAUAACAUCCCCAUUGAAUGUUUUUCACUUAGUAAACUAUAAAUAUAUAUAUAUAUAUUUAUGAAGUUUUAAUGGAUCCCAUGUGAGUCCAAAUGUGUUGGAGCUUAUAUGAGAUUGCGUCCAUCUGCUGUAACUCGAUCCCCCAACAUGCUUACUUUUCAAACAAAGUGUCUGAGAUCACUGCGUGUAUAUUGAUCUAUAUCAGAUGUAUCUUAAAGCCUUUGCCAAAUGUUUCCCAAACCCUUGACUCUCUUGCAACCAAAAGAAGAAACGUCAGUAUUGCCUUUCUUCAGACGUGUAGUGCAUAUCUAUGUUUUAUUAUUCACUGUACUGUUUUGAUGGAUUUUGUGGGUAUUGACUGAAAACAUUUUGGAGUCACAUUUUUCAUAACCAUUAUGCUACGUAAGCACCGGGUAUGUGGGUUCAAAACGUGUUAAAUGGGUUCUACUUCACACUGGACUACCAAUACUAGUGCAUGUAGUCAGGCUUGGUGAGAAAUGUCAAAGUAGUGAAGAUCGUGCAAAUCGUUUUCCACGCUUUUUGUUUCACAGCUGUAAUCUGACAUAUGAAAUACUUGGUGUCUGGACGCAUACACAAACUGUAAUUAUUAAUGUCUCUGUAAUGAUUGAUCUUUAAACGAAUUACAUUUCUGUGAACUGAAAAGAAAGCUAUCCAAACGUCACUACCAAAUUUGAGUCCCUGAUUGGUUAAAGUUCAGUUGAUUUAGCUUUUGACGCACAUUCAAUCGCUGUGCAUUUUGUACAUAGAGCCUAAAACUCACCUAGCGACACGAGAACAUGAGAGUCUCGAAGCUUGAUGCUACUAAGACUUUUACUAGGAAAUAGUUAACAAAAUGCACCUCAGAGCGCGGCGUGAAUGGAGCAUAGUACUACACACUGGGGAUGUGUGGCAUGUUCAAGUACAGGUCUGUUACUAACCAAUAUUAGCGUAUGUACUCACUAUUAGAGACAUAGUGCGAAAUGUUAAAGUGGUGACCUUUCAGAUGGUUGACACCUCCAUUUUUUUUUAAAAAAGACACUAUCCAUACAUCACUACCAAAUCCGAGUCCCUGAUUGGUCAAAGUUCAACUGCUCAACCUGUUGAUGUGCGUUCAAUGGCUGUGGACUAUGUUCGAAGAGCCCAAAACUCACUUAGCGACGCAUGAAUACAAGAGUUUUGAGCACAAAAGCCCGAUACUAUGUAGACUUUUCUUUGGAAAUAGUCAACGGAAUGCAGUGUGAAUGUAGGAUAGUACUACAAAACACGAAAGAACGCACGAAACGGGUAUUCUUGAACAAACUUUAAUAUAUGGUGUUCACACAGGUGUGUUAUUAGCCAAUACUACUGUAUGUACUCGAUAUUAGAGACAUAGUGUGAAAUGUUGAAGUGGUGCAAAUCACUUUUCUUUUAAGCUCUACUCCAACAUGUAACAGCCUGACAAAGAUUUUCAAAUGGUUGGCACUUCCUUCUUUUUGAAUAAGACACUAUCUAUACGCAACUGCCAAAUCCGAGUCCAACUGAUUUAACCUGUUGACAUGCGUUCAAUAGACCAAAACUCACUUAGUGUAAACACAAGAGUUUUGAAUGCAGAAGCCUGAUACUGCAUAGACUUCCUUGGAGAUAGUCGACGGAACGCGCCUCUGAGCGCGGUGGGGAUAUAUCAUGAUGUAUCUUUUGAAAAGGACACGUCACUACCAAAUCCGAGUCCCUGAUUGGUCAAAGUUCAUCUGGUUUAACGUUUGGCGUGCAUUCAACUCAAAAUGGACUGAAAAAUUAUCGUAGCGACCCAAACAACAUUUUUGAAUGCGUAAGCCCAAACCAUGCAUAUACGUGCAUUUACUUAGACUUUUCAUUGGAAUUGGCCCCUUGAACAAGUCGACACCACCAGUGUGUAUAAAUGUGCUGUGUUUGAAAACCAGCUUUUCAUUUUGAAAUCAACCAGAACGAUGGUACCAGAACCAAUCAAUAAAUAGUCUGUUUGGUUUUUCACGCAUCACUUAAAAGAGUUCAAGCAUCAAAGACCAGAAGCUCCUGGUUCACCGUCGUUGGGAUCGAUGGACAAAAGGACCGUGUGAUCGGAAUGUAAACCACUUCAACCUGCUUGCUUUCGUGUAAAAACCCUCAUGCCGAAAGCACAACAUGCAUCAUGAUUUCUGUGCCAAGAGUGUGUUUUAUUUUUGUAAGGACAGAGAUAUUAUCGAAAGGAGGAUGUAGUUAGAAAGGCAGCGUGGGCUAGACCUGCCUUUAGAUUUUUUUGCAAAAAUUGAGGGCUUGUUCAGUGUACAAUGGCCUUAUUUGUUGUGGGAGGCAUUGCUUCACUAUAGUAGCACACAACUGAGAGUUUUGAAAAAUGUAUUUUGCUUGGAGGUUCUAUUUGUGUAUAGUUUUAUGAAUGUAUUUCUAAACCCUGUCACCAUGGCGGUACAGUUGUUCUGUCAUCCUGUUUGCUCUGACUUUUCCGGGUCGGUCUCAGAUUGCCCACACUGUAACUGUACUGUAAACUGUAUAUGUCUUAUACUUUGUGUCCUGAAAGGACAGCUCUGCAGUAGAAACAAGCAUGACUCCCUCGUGGCAAAACUGCAUUUUUAUUAAUUUUGUUUGCCGGUGACUUUAAAGUGUUGAUGCUGUUUCCUCCCCAGUGCAGAUUUGAACUUCUCAAACUGGUCCAUCAAGCUAAUAUUUGUACUUUGAACAAGGAGAUGUUUGCAGCAUGGUUUCUCGAAUGAAUCUCUUGUAUUUAAUCUCUACGAGUGCAAAUAGAAAGACACUCAACGAGAAAAAGAUUCGUCCAAAGUGCUGUAUCUUUACGUAGCAUGAAGUUAAGCUUUACAUUUUAUCAAAUACUUCCUCUGGCAAUAAUUAUCGACUGUAGCCCAGAAUGGUGCCAGCGCUCUUCCUCGGUCACCGGAGCUGGAAAUGUGUGAUCAGCUGAGCCACCAGGAUCAAUAACCAGAUUUCAAAUUUCAGGAGGUAUUAUUAAGCAUGCAAUGAGAUUUACCCUCUCAGAUUUGAUCAAAAUUGAACAAAUUGUUUUUAGAAACUGCAUGCCUUUUGCCAUACUGACGAGAGCAGCAAAGAUGCUUUUUUUGCUGCUUGCCUGUUCUCAUCAAAGUCUCUAAAGGCAGAUUAUAACAGCAUACGUUUCAUAUGUAGCCACUUUGUCCUGUUCGUCAUCUGUCAAAGUGUUCCAAGUGGCCCCGCCCCCUCAGCUCUGUCAACACAACCUUCAAACCGAGAAAAGGAAAACAACUCAACUCGAGAUCUGACUUAAACAUUUUUGUCACGAUUUAUCGGACCACAAGCACAUGUAAUUUGAUGUUGGUUGUCGUGUCUUAACUGGCCUUAAACUUUCCACUGAAGAGUGUUUGCAAAGCAAAAGGGGCAAAGCGUAACACGACUGCUACACAGAUCUGGGGUAUGGCAACGAAGAAAAAGGGAGUUGUGAUUUUUUUUACCUGUGCUUUGUAACUGUUUUCUAUGUGCAGUAUUUGAUAAUGUAAAACUGGUAUUUUUGUGGUUUGUACGCUGCGAAAUUGAUUACUUAAGGUGCACGUAGUUUUAUAAGAAAAUGGAACAAAACUAAAAAAAAAAGGAAAACAAAAGAAAAAAAAAAUCUGACUCGGAAACCUGUAUUUGCAUGCCCUUUGACAUCUGGACGCAAAGUCAAUAAAGUUUAUUUGAAUCACAAAAA